UUUCCAACGAUUUCACAAUGUUGUACGUAGUCGGUCUCGGUUUAGGUGAUGAAAAAGAUAUUACAGUUGCUGGUUUGGAAGCAGUCAAGAAUUCAGAGCGUGUAUAUUUAGAGGCCUAUACCUCCAUUUUGACUGUUGGAAAAGAAAAGUUAGAAGAAUAUUAUGGAAAAGAAGUGAUCGUUGCUGAUCGUGAAAUGGUUGAAUCUGAUAGUGAUAGCAUUCUUGCCAAUGCUGAUACUAUUGAUGUUGCUUUCUUGGUUGUUGGUGAUCCAUACGGUGCAACUACUCAUACUGAUCUUGUUAUUCGAGCUCGUGAAAUGAACAUUCCUGUCAAGGUCAUUCACAAUGCUUCCAUCAUGAAUGCCAUUGGUGCUUGUGGUCUUCAGUUAUAUAAUUUUGGACAGACCAUUUCUAUCGUCUUUUUCACAGAGACAUGGCGACCUGAUAGUUUCUAUGACCGUAUCAAAGAAAAUCAACAAUUAGGUCUUCAUACUUUAUGUUUAUUAGAUAUUAAAGUAAAAGAACAAAGUAUUGAGAAUUUGGCAAGAGGUCGAUUGAUUUAUGAGCCUCCUCGUUACAUGACUGUCAAUCAAGCUGUUGAACAGCUUUUAGAAAUUGAAGAAAAUCGUGGAGAAGGAAUCUGCAAGCCUAAUUCAUUAGCUAUUGGUUGUGCUCGUAUUGGAACUGCUACUCAAAAGAUAAUUGCAGGUACCUUAGAGGAAUUGGUUGAGGCAGAUUUUGGAGGUCCUCUUCAUUCACUUGUCUUAAUCGGUUCUCGUAUGCAUGAAAUGGAAGCUGAAUUUGUAAAAGAGUUUGCUUUAAAUAAGGAAACAUUUAUGGAAAUUGUAAAGAAAGAUUAUAUUCAUUAAAGCU